UUAUUGCUAGUCAUGUUCCCUAAACUAUUCACUUUUUUGUAACACAAGGUCGGCUUGUAUUUUAUUCAUGUCUUCUAAUUUGUCAUUUUUCAUAUUUUCUAAGUAUUAUAUAUAAGAGUGCUUAACCACAUCAACAUAUCUUACUACUAGUUCCUCUACAAUUUUAUUUCUCUAAAGAAGAAGAAGAAAAAAUAGUUUUUUUUAAAAAAAGAGAAAAAGGAUGAUGAUGAAGUUGAAGUCAAAGAGAUUUUGUAGAAGCAUCUCUAGACUUGGAAUUGGGAACAACAAAGUAGCAUCAUCUCAUGUUGAAAAAGAAUGUGGUGAAAUUAAAUGGGAACUUAGGCCUGGUGGAAUGCUUGUACAAAAAAGAGAGAAUAAUAAAAGUGUUGGAGAGAUGAUUACAAUUAGAGUUUCAACUGUUUCAAAGUGGCAUGAUAUUUCAAUUGAAGCCACUUCAACUUUUGGGGAAUUAAAAAUGAUUUUGUCAUUGGUAACAAGUUUGGAGCCAAGAGAACAAAGGCUUCUCUACAAAGGUAAAGAGAGGGAUGAUGAUGAAUUCCUUCACAUGAUUGGUGUUAGGGACAAGGAUAAGGUACUUCUAUUAGAGGAUCCGGCUAUUAAGGAAAAGAAGUUACUUGAUUUUGCAAGAGGUCAAACCAUUAACAAUCCCUGUUGUACCAUAAGUGUAUGAUAUGGAAUUUUGGUUCCAUGCAGUUAGCAAAUACCGAGUUUGUUUCUCGAUUGUUUGAUUUCAAUCGAAUAAUUAUCAAUGUGAAUGCGGGAAAGUUUCGACUGCGUAGAAUCUAGGUCUGAUGAUAUGAUAUGUUCUAUCUAAUUUCUCAAAUUCCUAAUUAAUUAGUACUAACUAAAAAUUUGAAAAAGUGAAGUGAAGUUUAAUUUAAUGUAAUGAAGGGUCUUUCUUCACUUUUUUAGUUUGUUAAUUUCUCUUAAGAUAGAAAUUUGAUUAUGUACUUAUCUAAUUGGACCUUUGUUUGAUUUUAAAAUGGAUAAGAUGAUGUAAUGCCAUGUUAUGGAAUUUGGUAUAUCAAUUGAAGUGUUUUGUUUUUA